AUGUUUUCCAAUAUUGAAUUUGCCACAACAAUUUUGAUAAUAAAAUAUUUACAAAUUUCUCAGGGCAGGGAGGUCAACUGUUUUCAACCGAUGUUUUUCAAUACCUCCUGGACUGACAAUCGUCCCGAUUUUAUUGUCAACAUGACAUUCGGCGAACAAGGUAGUGUCUCUUCCGAAACCACAGUUAAUCGUGAAAUCUCUUAUCCGGUAUCGAAAUUCCGUAUUAUAAUACGUGAGGGUAAGAAAUUAUCGACGCUUUAUAAUGUCACGUCCCGCCUGUGUGAUGUAGCGGCAACUUUUAGUAAAAUACCGAUAAUGAAACAGGGUUUCAUAUCGGCUUUGAAGCAAAGUAAUAUGACCUUUGAGUGUCCUUUGAAGGUGGGUUACUAUGUGCUGGGUAAUAUGCGUUUGGGUAGUCGUAAUCCUGUUAUGGCUUUUCUAUAUCGUCCUAAAGUGAGUUACACCAUUUUUGGCGGAAUGUAUGAAGAGUUGCCGAAUAAAACCCUGGCACCGUUGACAACAUAUAGGAUUAAUGUUAAGAUUAUUAAGAAGUCAUGUAAAGAAAUAUAA